UGAAGCGCUUCUCUAGGCAACGUAGGUGAACACGCGCCGGUAUUGUCGCGUGUGCCGCCGCGUGGAUGAAAAUGCCGCGCAAGAGAGCAUCUACGCUACACGAGACAUCCGCUGGACGCAGAAACGUCACUAAAAGUCCAAGGUGAUCUUUAUGUACAAUAGAUUCGUUUUUGUACUCUGUUAAAAUAUCAAAUAUAAUAAAAAGCUCCACGCAAAGAAUGGAAGAAUCUCAAAGAUAUGAAGAAUCUGAUAUGUACACGGAACAGCCACCUUGCAGUUUACGAAAAUUGGGAGAUAUGAUUCCAGCACGUGUCGUGCUGUACAUGCUUUCGUUUUCCGGAUUCCUCGUAUCCUUCAUGAUGAGAACGGACAUUAAUAUCGCCAUGGUGGCUAUGGCGAAAUUGCCGUCAACAUCAGACAAUGAAACCGCCGUAGUAACGUCUCAGUGCUACACAAUAUCAAAUCAGUCGUAUUCAGAGAACACUACUGUAAUCAGACCAGAGGAUGCUGGCGAAUUCGAGUGGAGUCCAACUAUUCAAUCAACCAUUCUCAGUUCUUUUUAUUGGUGUUAUAUACUUUCGCAAAUGCUCGGCGGUGUUCUCACUCAGUACUUCGGAACUAAAACUAUAUUCGGCGGAUCUCAAGCCAUCACUGCCGUCUGCAGUCUCCUUAUGCCGACUGCCGCGGAGAUCCAUUAUGGGGCUAUGAUAGCGUUACGUAGUAUACAAGGCUUUACCAGUGGACUCACGUGGCCUGCGAUGUACGCCGUAAUCGGACACUGGAUUCCACCCGUGGAACGCUCACGCUUCAUGUCUUCCUUUCAAGGGUUCAGCAUCGGCAUUGGAUUGACCUAUCCGUUGUGCGCGUUCAUCAUCGCUCACUUCGGAUGGAGGAUUGUGUUCUACACGACUGGCACCAUCGGUCUCGUCUGGUGUAUCUUUUGGUAUCUUUGCGCCUUCGACACACCUGCUUUGCAUCCUCGAAUAUCUAAGCCGGAACUUCGUUACAUUCAGGAAUGCGUUAGAAAUCAAGUUAUCGGAGCAGACGAGGAUCUGCCCGUUCCUUGGAAGUCUAUACUCAUGUCUUGGCCAGCAUGGGCUAUCGGUAUUACAACCUUCGGAAGAAUAUGGGUACAUUAUGUCUUUAUCAUUCCUGGCCCGAUGUAUAUGAAGACGGUAUUAGGAUUUAGUAUACAAGCGAAUGGUAUCCUGUCAGGUGCACCAUUUAUCUGUAGCUACUUAAGCUCCGUUGUAUUCUGCUACGUUGCGGAUCUCCUAGUCACGCGGCAAAUCAUGACUUUAAUCACUGUGCGCAAGAUAUUUACCGCACUAUCUCAAGUGGUUCCCGGAAUUCUUGUGGUCUUAAUUGGAUACUUGGGCUGCGAUAUUAUCCUGGUUUUGAUCGUGUGGUUUAUAGCUGUUACUCUCAUAACAGCCGGCUACGCGGGCGCAAUGGCGAACAUUGUCGAUAUCGCACCCAAUUUUGCUGGACCAGUGUUAGCGUUCGCGCAGACAAUUCACAUGACCGCCAGUUUUCUAUCUCCUAUAGCUGCUGGUCUGCUCACACAAGAAAGCCAAUCUCUCGAUUCGUGGAGAAGAGUAUUUGCCGUUACUGCGGGUGUAUCUUGCAGUACAUAUAUUGCCUACCAAAUAUUUGGUACAGCGGACAUACAGGCGUGGAACUAUCCUGAUCAAAAAUAUCCUCAAUCUAUUCGAGAAGAAUGCCUAUUAAAUGAUUCAUUGUGGAUAUUAUUGACUGCAUUCUUAUUAGUCGCAAUACUCGUUGCGGAAACUUCUGCAAAAAAAUCGAGUAAGGAUGUGGAAUCAAGAAACGAUGGUGAAAAAGAGAGAAAGGUCGAUGUAGAAUACCGUACAAAGGAUAAACAAUCCAAAAAAAGAGACAAACAUGUGAAAGAGCAGAAGAAAAGGAAAAAUAGCUCAGAACGAAAUAAUGAAGACCCUUCCGAAAAACAUUUACAUGCGAAAAAUUCUUAUAAACCAGAACAGAAAUGGAAAAACAAGCGGACCAAACGUGAAGAAAAUGGUGACAUGAUAAAUGAAGAAGGAAAUAGAAAUAUCGAAAAGAAAUUAAAAUACUUGAAAGAUAAAACAGGAACGCAAAAUAAGAAAGAUAAAAAUGCUCAAGAGCGAUCAAAAGAAUCCGAAACAUUACUUGAAGAUCCUCAAAGAUCUGAAGUCCAUCAAAAAUCGAAGAAAAGCUUAAAAGAGGAGAAACAUAGGAAGAAAUCGAAAAAUAAUGAGGAAGUAGAAAAUCCAAAUAAUGACGUUCCAAGAAGGAAAACAAAGCACUCCAAAUCAGAUAAUUCUGAACAAGUUAACGAUGCUGUUCAUAAAAACGAAAGAAAGACAAAACAUGAUAGGAAAAAGAGAAAGGAAGAGGUAUCCAAGAACACAGAAUCUAAAGGAAAAAAGGAAGAAUUAUUCAAAACUGAUGUAACAUCUACAGAUUCUGAGCAAGAAAACAUUCUGAGCAAGACAAAGACGGAUAAACAGGAAGUUCAAGAAAUAUCGACGAGAAGCAAGAAAAAUAGAAAGAAGCGUGAAGUAGCGCAAGAAGAAGAAGCUGAUAUAACAUCUGCAGAUUCCGGGAAAGAAGAAACUGUCGACAAAACAAAAAAAGAUAAAACUCAAGAAACAUCAAAGGAGUGCAAGAAAAAUAUAAAAAAGCGUGAAAUAGUGCAAGAAGAAGAAGAAGAAACUGAGGAAGAGCCAGUGAAAGAAAAUUUUAUUAUAGAGGAAGACAAUGUAAAUGAAAUUGAAACAAAUGAGAACGAAAUAGAUAAAGAAGAUCUUUCAAUUCCAAUUAACGACGACAUAGAUCUCACGUAUCUGGAUACGCUUUCUGAGAACUAAGUUGAUAAAGUGAGAAAAUAUAAUCUUCUAUCCUUCUGUUAAAAUGAAAUGAAUCACUUGCGCAAACAUCAGUGCAAUGAUGAAGCAUAUAGAUAAUCAAUUGAUAAAAGCUAAAAAAGUGUGCAAUGUUUUCAAAUUUAAUUAAUUUUUUAAAAAUUAUAUUAAAAUUUCGUUUAAAAAAAGUGUUUCAAAACAUGAAAUAAUUUAAAUAAAUAAUUUAAAUUUUUUACCAGAGAAAUCAUAAUACUGUUAAAUACUUAUAAAUUAAAAGAAAGAUUGUCAUUUUUACUCUAAUAAACAUCACAUUGUUUUAUCAUUUUUGCAAAAUUUAUUGAUUUAAAACCUAUAGAUUAAAAUGACAUUGCAUGACACAUUUGAAACUGUUGAACAUGUCUUGUACAUCAGAGAACAUAUCUUGUUCGAGCAUGCUCGUCAUACACUUGGUACAACGAAGGAUAGAAAAUACAAUCUGUCAUUUACUGUCUCUGUCUACGAAGAAGAGCACAUCCAAAUAUAUGCUCUAUGGAUGACGAAGAGCAGAGAUGUGUAGCAUCAAAAUAAUAACAUUCAUAUUAAUGAUAAUAUUAUAAUAAUGUUCAUAUAUUAAUAAUAAUAUUGUUACGAAUAUUUUAAAUAAAUAUUUAUAUAUUAAUGAUAAUAUUAUAUUAUGAAGAUUUCGAACAUAAUGCUUUCUAACAGCCAAAUUUAUUUAUUUUAUAUAUCUAUAGUAAAUUAUACAUAAAUUUUAGAAUAUCUUCCACUAAAUUUAAAAACAUUACUUUUUACAGUCUUGAUGUCUCCUUUAUAAAUUUUCUAUUACAUCAAUGGGAUGCACUGAAAACAUAAUUCGUAAUUAUCUUUAUUCGUUAUUAUCUUUUACCUCAUAUCUAUGUGACUUGUGGUUUCCAUAAAAGAAUAUAAAUUCUCAUCGUGCAAAGGCAAA